AUGACAAUAUCUUAUAAUAGCAGCCUCCAAAAAGCCACUUUCUUCCUGACAGGCUUCCAAGGUCUGGAAGAUCUCCAUGGCUGGAUCUCCAUUCCCUUUUUCUCUAUCUACUUGACGGUUAUUGUAGGGAACCUUACUAUCCUCCAUGUCAUCCGUACUGAUGCCACCCUCCAUGAGCCUAUGUACUAUUUUUUGGCUAUGCUAGCUCUCACUGACUUGGGACUUUGCCUGUCCACACUACCAACUGUCCUGGGCAUCUUCUGGUUUGAUACACGAGAGAUUGGCAUCCCUGCCUGCUUCACUCAACUCUUUUUCAUCCAUACUUUGUCUCUGGUGGAAUCUUCAGUUCUAUUGUCCAUGUCCAUUGACCGCUAUGUGGCCAUCUGCAACCCACUGCGUUACUCCACCAUCCUGACACCUGCACGCAUUAUCAAGAUGGGAUUGACUUCGGUGCUUAGAAGUGCCCUUCUCAUCCUACCGCUACCAUUCCUCCUUAAACGCUUUCACUUCUGCCGCACACAUGUGCUGGCCCAUGCCUAUUGUCUACACCUGGAAAUCAUGAAGUUGGCCUGCUCCAGUAUUAUUGUCAAUCAUAUAUAUGGACUGUUUGUUGUAGCCUGCACUGUGGGUGUGGACUCCCUCCUCAUCUUCCUCUCAUAUGCCCUUAUCCUACGCACCGUACUGAGCAUUGCCUCUCGCCAGGAGCGACUCCGGGCCCUCAACACCUGUGUCUCCCAUAUCUGUGCUGUGCUACUCUUCUACAUCCCCAUGAUUGGCUUGUCUCUUGUACACCGCUUUGGGGAACACCUGCCCCGCAUUGUGCACCUUCUCAUGUCUUAUGUCUAUCUGCUGGUACCACCUCUAAUGAAUCCCAUUGUCUAUAGCAUCAAAACGAAACAGAUCCGACAACGCAUUGUUAAAAAGUUUGAGUUUAUGAAGAUAGUUAGGUGUUCUCAGCAGAAUUAA